AUGCCGCCUAGUCCGAAGCUUAACGAGGGCCGCACUUUCCGUCGUCGAUAUGUGGGUGCAUUCCUUAUCUUGCUGGCUUCCAUUCUGAUUGGUUUGAUCGCGAGCACCGACGGCUCUGCACCAUCCGUCGAAGCUUACUAUAGCUCACUCGAAUCACGAAUCGGAUACUGGCUCGUCCUCGGUAAUGCAAGGCAUUGCGGAUUGCUGGGACUAAAGCCAGGUGACCGAGUCCUCGAUGCUGGUGCCGGCUCGGGAUACGUCGCUAUGACCAUGGCGAGACACGGCCUCAAUGUGCAGGCUAUCGACAUCACGCCGCACCACGUCGCUAAUGCAAAGAAGAAUGUUAGGGGAUACGGCCUACAGGACAGAAUCAAAGUCGACUAUGCCAACUACCAUAACCUGAGCCAGUUUCCUGAUGCAUCAUUUGACGGCAUUUACACUAUGGAGACCUUUGUUCACGCGGACGACCCAAUCAAGGUUCUCAACAACUUUAAGCGACUCCUUAAGCCAGGCGGUGUCGUGGUUCUACACGAAGCUGAUUUCAGUCGUGAUUCGGACAAACUGCAAGACGUGCUGCGACUUUCUCCAAAACACACUUCCAAAGGGUGGCUACGAAGAGCUCAUGAAAGUGGCAGGGUUCAAAGACUUUUCCCUCGAAGACCUGACUGA